AUGAUGCGCAGGACGAGUAGUGAACAGAGCCAGAGCCAACUUCAGAGCCGUCGGCUGUCUUCGAACAAUCCGUUCCGCGUUGAAGCCGCUGCCCAGCAGCAACAAGUGUACCAGAGCGAUAAAGAGUUCCAAGAGUGGGUGUCGUCGAACGCGAUGCACAGUCCGUAUGGGUCACGGCCCCAUCACAGCACGUCGCUGCUGAGUUUUACGGACAGUAUUGAAGAAGAGCCCCAUGAGGAGGCAUUGAACUCGCCGCGCAAUCCUGCGGCUCAGGACCGUGCGAUCAACAGAAGCUUUAAUACUAACUAUCUCCACCUCAGUAUGACACCACCACAACGUCCAGCCUCGAAGAACCCAUUUCUCGAGGACCUCACCCCGCAAUCGGAGACUGAUGACGACUCGUCGUCCGCUCAGACCUCGACGAUUGGACACCCAACGGCACAGGAAGAAAAAGAGCGUUUGAGACGGCGCUAUCUAGAGCAGACUAACGUUGCAGAUCCCCCUCCAGCAAACGACCUGCCACCGUCGUACGACGAAGUAGCGGGCCCCAAGAAAGACAGCGCCCGUCCCCGCGAAAAAUCGUCGUCGACUUCGACAUCUUCGCGCUACAAGGAGUCCUCCACAUCCCGUUCUCACAGGCACCGUCAUCGUGAACCUUCAGAACGCUCGACACGGCGUAGCAGCCGCGAGACUGGCAGCAAUCAACAUCACUCCUCUAGUCAUCGCAAGUCUUCCAAAGACAAAAAACAAUCAUCUUCAUCCAAGCCUUUGGCCAAAAAUGUCGAUACCAUUGAUAAACUCGACGUCACGGGGCUCUUCGGGGGUGCAUUCCACCACGAUGGUCCCUUCGAUGCCUGUACUCCACACCGCAAUCGAAACACCAAAGUCGCGCCUGUAAUGGCGUUCCCAGCAGACGGGCCUAACUCUUCGAUUGCGGGUGCUGCUAACAGUAAGUCCCCUAUGAAGGAAGUAUUUGGACAAGAAUCGGUUGACGACGAUGACGCCUACUUGUACCGCAAUAAAGUUUUCAACAAGGUCAAUAACUCGUCCACCAACACCUUGGAUGCUAUCAAGCCCAACGCGCGUACCGUGACGCAGUUUGACGCCAAGGCCAAGACAGAACUGGUGCAUGGGCCCACGACAGACGGGUUGGGUUCCACUACAUUUCUGGACGGCGCGCCUGCUACGGGCGCCAAAAUAACUCACAAUCACAAUCGUCUACAUCCAAAUUAUAACAAUGACCCUUACAGGCAAGAACCUAUACAGCUCACUAAAACGCAUUCAGGACAUUUGGAAUACGAUAACGCGGAACCGGACGAGGACGUCUAUUUAGUCGGCCGUCUUGACCCCACAGCCAAGAAAUCCAGCUCCGGAAACAAAUUUAUGAGAAGGGUGAAAAGUUUAAAAGUUGGUAGAAAACCAUAA